AGAUCACAAAUAUUCCAAUUAAAAAACUCACAUUACAAUGGUUGACCGUGGCAAAAAUUUGGUUCUACCGGUGGGGCCUUGCCUUGCAGAGGCCACAGAAACACAGACAAGCUUUGGACCGCCCAAAAUCAAGAAAAUAUUGCCCACUCGUGCUAAUCGUAUGGAGCAGUUUCUAUGGCAAGAAUUUUUCAACGAAUACAACCGUCAGGCUUCCGCACAGCCAGAAGUAGGUACUGAUACUACAGAGUACUACGACCAGUUCUGCAAGGAUAUACCGCCCAAAGAUGAGGAAUUAGAAGAGGUCCUCAUCAACAAGUAUCCACUGUACUGCACGACUGCUGUGACCCUUUGGAAUCACGAGGGCGAUCCCACCAUGACAUUUAAAAGAAAAUAUUCUAUAACAAAGCCAAUUCAUGAAUGCACAGAAAAGUUUGCACUAUAAAGGAGUUUUAAACCUGACUAUAUUUUCUUGAAAAUGUUUAAAAUUAUAUUAAAGCUAAUAUUUCAAAUUGCAUUUAAAAAUUAAAA